UUUCUAAAUAAUGCAAAAAAGUUUUUUAAUUAGCAAAAAGGGGCACGAAAAAAUUUAUUUAGCAAGAUGGGGUACUUUUAGUGGGAUUCGCGAGUUUUGUUGCGUUUCCAUCUAUUAUUCUGAAAAAGGUCUGACUGCGUUGGGAGGUGCAGGGUGAUUGGGGAAAUCAUUGCUUUAUGAUGGUGGGAUUCGCAAGUUUUCUUGCGUUUUCCAUGUCAGGGUGGCAGGUUGCACGUUAUUGGAUUCGCAAGUUUUCUUGCGUUUUCCAUGUAGUUGGAAUGAUGGUCAAUGAUGGUGGCAGGGUGGCAGGGUGGCAGGUUGCACGUUAUUGGUGUCGCGACUUUACCUGCGAAUUCAAGUGCUUUUCAGGUGCUUUUCAGGUGGCAGUACUGACAUGGAGGGAAAGGAAUGGCUAAGAUUGAAUGCUCAAUUUUUUUUGCGAAUCCAGGAUAUACAAAAUGACAAAAUAAGCGAGAUUGACUGGAUUCUCAAUUAUUUUUGCGAAUUCAAAACACUAUAAGUUAACUCCUGAGCCUCAUAACUUUCUUCUACGAAAAAUACACUUCAAUAUUUUCAAAACUUCAAUCUCCUGCAUUUCAGAACGUUUCUGUAACGAAAAAAACCUUUGCAAUGGAUCAAGUUAUUACUUUUGUGUAUUACGAUGGCAGGGUUGUCCAUGGCGACCAAGGUGCCAUAUUCGAAGGUCGGAGAAGGUCCAUGCAUCUGAAGCGAAACAUUACCUUCGACCGUUUGAAGAAGAAAAUCCACGAAAGGUUGAAGCUGCAAAGGAACCAGAUGAUUUCUAGAGUCAGCUCUAGAUUUAUGACGACACCGAAUCCCAUUUUUUUUACGCAUUUUGAGAUAGUUGAUAAUGUUGAUGUUCAAGUCAUGAUGGAUGCAUUUAGUCAGCAGUCAUAUAUGGUUCAGCUGGAGCUGUAUGUUGAAGUUACUGAAGCUGGAAGUUCAUCAAUGUCAGUGCCGACGUAUCUGUCGUCUACUCAACCGAGACCCACUGAAGACGGUGGUAGACAUGUUGUUGAUGAGGAGCUUCUUGCAGAACCAUAUACUGUGCCUUUUAGCGUUAUGAGUAUUGAAGAGACCAAUAUCGUCGUUCCUUCGGAUGUCGCAGUUAAUUUGGGCGAUGAUUAUGACUACCGCCUUGACAAUGAUAAUGUGGACGGUGAAGUCAUUCCUUCAGACGAUGACCACAAUGAAGAUGAAAGAAUGCAAGAAGGAGGUGACGAGUCUGACACAGACGAUGAGGGAGACCGACACGCUAAUCCUCAGCCUCGGAUGGCACCUCAUCCUGCUGAUCAACCUGCGGCACCAGUGAAUGUCAAUGUUGAAACUCAAGGCCACCCAAACACGGCCCCAUUCUGGAGUGCUUCUUCGCAUUAUACAUAUAUUAACUGGGAUCACCCAGAUGAAGAAACUGAUUUUUAUUCUGAAACGGAUGUGAAUGGAUCAUGGAAGCUAGGUGAUGACUUAUGUAAAGGGUUGAUUUUUGAAAACAAGCGUGCUGUACAGGAUGCCUUGUUACACUAUUGUUUUAGACUAAAUCAAACUUAUAAGAUGAGUGAAUCCAAGCCAGAGUACUUUACUGCAAAGUGUCAGAAAUCCGUAGAUGGCUGCCCGUGGAGGAUAAGGGCACAUCUAUCCAAGAAAAUUGGUAAAUGGAUCAUAUCCAAAUGGGGGGGUUCGCAUACGUGCUUAAAUGCGAUGACUUCUCAAGACCACAAGAAGAUGACGUCCACCUUCAUGUGACGAUUGCCCAGUCUCACAUUGUGCGGACGUAUAGCAUAGAUAGGUCCAGGUUCGAAGUAGAGGAGGGAUUCAACCAGCAGAACCAUCGCAGUGGUUAUACGUGGAGACUGAACUUAGAUGAAAGAACUUGCGAAUGUGGGCGCUUCCAGACGUUCAAAUAUCCUUGUUCACAUGUGAUCGCCGCGUGCGCCAACCAGAGUUUAGACUAUCUUCAAUAUGUGGACCCUGUUUAUACGAUUCAGAACAUUGUGGAUGCGUAUUCAGGGCAGUGGUACCCCAUUGGGAAUGAUCUGAACAUGCCGCCCAGAGCUGGGCCUAGAAUUGCUCCAGAUCCUGCCAAAAUACGGAAGAAGGGUCGUCCAAGGUCUACCCGUAUAAGAAAUGAGAUGGACUUAAGGGAGAAUCAAUCUUAGCCGAGUCGGAGAUCA